AUGGCCGACGUCCGCAGUUUCACUGCUCGACCACUGUCGAAGCAGGCCCGGAGUGAUCUCAAGGAUGCAUUCCGUAUCUAUCUGUCUUCCUCCUCACUGGCUGCUCUGAGGCUCCGCGCAGAUGACCUAUGUACCCUGUCGUCGGCCGAGGGGUCCCCGAAGACUGCAAUUGCUUGGACCGCAGUGGAGAAUAUACAAAGUACGGUGGUACAAACAUCAAGAGCUCUUCAGGAUUGCUACGGUAUAAAAAUCGGAGAGAAAGUGGCCAUCACCAAAAUCGAUGGGACACUUGACGAUAUCGAAUCAAUCAUUUUGGUGGACUGCUCCGAUCCCGAGAAGAUUGAAAAACAUGGCCCCAUUGCCGACGGUGAAAAAAGCCACUGGGAGUGGGCUCUGGAGUUCCCGCUUCUAAGAAGCGAGGUUCUGGCGACUGGGUUGGUCUUCGAGCUGGAGCUCAAGGGUCAACGCCGCAGCUUUCGGGUGGUCAGUAUACAUGCCCCUGGCGCGAGCCCGAACCGUACCAUCUUCCGGUUCACGAAGAACUCCAAAGUCUCGAUUGGAACGGAGGUGCAACCGAGAGAAGAAUCGCGAUCGAGCAUUGCCGUUCAGUCCGUGGGCCUGGGUGGUCUCUCGCGUCAAAUCGAGGACAUCAACGAAAGCCUGUCCGACUUCAACCUUGAUCCACGUAGUCCGGCUAUGCCGUCAUUCUACGAGCAUAACCGGGGAAUUCUUCUAUAUGGUCCCAAGGGAACGGGAAAGACGGCUCUCCUGCGACAGAUCGGGUCUGCUGGCUGGAAGCAAGUGUUCAGGAUUGGUACAUCUUCCCUGGGUCGCAGUACCAGCGAAAGCGAGUCGAAGCUCCGCAAUAUAUUCCAAGAAGCUGCGCGUGCCAAGCCAAGUGUGAUCUUAAUUGACCAGUUGGACUUUAUCGCACCAAAGCGAACCUCCUUCGAAUCAUCAUCCCUGGUGUCUGUUCUGUGCGAAAAUCUCGAUGCGAUUCAAAGUGGUUCCGUUCUUGUGGUGGCGGCCACACGGCAUCCCAAUAAUGUUGACGAUGCUCUUCGAACCCCUCAUCGACUGGGAACCGAGAUCGAACUACAAGUUCCUACCGCCCAGGAUCGGGCCCAGAUCCUUCGUGCCAUUCGCGGGCCCGCCUUUGCAGGACUUAAUGAUGACCUGAUUGAUUUCAUUGCUGAAAAAACACACGGAUACGUUGGGGCGGAUCUCUACGCUCUCCUUCUGCUCAUCUGUCGGAAAGCUCGACAACGACAGCUGAUUGAGCAAGGCUCCACCAUUCUACCGGCAAAACCACCCUCCCAAGAAGGGGAUUCAUCCCCUAGUGACCUCAGUGAUGCUAGCAAUGGAGAGGUGUGCAUCGACUUAGAUAUUAGAGAGACGGAUAUCCUUGCAUCCCUGCAAGAGGUCCGCCCAACGGCCAUGCGGGAGGUCUUCCUGGAGACACCCAAAGUCCGGUGGUCGGACAUUGGAGGGCAGCAUGAGAUUAAAAAACGCCUCCAGCAGGCCGUGGAAAGACCUCUUAAGCACCCUGAACGAAUGCGCCGACUCAACGUGAAGAGUAAAAAGGGAAUCCUUCUAUACGGCCCUCCCGGGUGCUCCAAGACUCUUACUGUUAAGGCACUGGCAACGGAAGCUGGUCUUAACUUCUUGGCUGUCAAAGGAGCAGAGAUCUUGAGUAUGUAUGUUGGCGAAUCUGAGCGAUCGCUGCGAGAAAUUUUCCGCAAGGCCCGCGCGGCACGGCCAAGUAUCAUCUUCUUUGAUGAGAUCGAUGCCAUCGCUGCUCGUCGCAGCAGCAGCUCCCAGGGCGGCGUUAAUGUCCUAACCACUCUUCUCAAUGAGAUGGACGGUAUCGAGGAAUUGCGGAAUGUGUUGGUAAUUGCUGCCACGAAUAAACCAGAUGUCCUUGACCCUGCCCUCAUGCGACCUGGUCGCCUGGAUAACAUCCUUUAUAUCGGUCCUCCAGACUUGGAAGCUCGACGAGAAAUUCUGCGGAUCUGGGCGAGUAAGUCCGUCGUCAGCCCAGAAGUUGAUCUGGAUGAGUUGGCAUCUUGCACCGAGGGCUACUCGGGCGCCGAAAUGGUCAGCAUCUGUGAGACUGCAGGUGACGCAGCACUGGACGAAGAGGAGGAAACACAACAGGAACAAGAUGUGAAGCUGAAGCAUUUCGAGUACGCCUUGACUCAGGUGCGGCGUCAAAUUACCGAUGCCGUUAUCCAAGAGUAUGAACAGUGGCGAGAUGCACAGAAAUAG